ACGGAAUGGAACAAACCAUAAAACUGAGGGGUGGCUAAUUUUUGAUCUGCUAAAUUUAACCGGAAUUCAUUGGUUGUAUAACCUACCAAGUAAUUGGGGCAGCGAGUAUAUAAUUUAAAUAGCGCUAUUCAUUUUAUUCUAUAUGCCAGAAAUAGUUUUGUACGCUCUAUAGAUACCAUAUAAAUACUAUAGAUAUGUAAUACCGCGCUAAAUGUUUGUGGCAUGAUCCAACGUGGCGGAGACAGCGUGGUUAGAUGGGAGCCUCUGUUACUGAUAUUGUGUGACAGCUCUGCUUUUACGUGUUAGAAUGCCUCACCGAAAGAAGAAACCAUUUAUUAAAAAGAACAAAGCAGUCACUUUUCAUCUGGUGCACAGGAGUCAGAGGGAUCCAUUGGCUGCUGAUGAAACUGCUCCUCAGAGAGUCUUGUUACCUGCUGAAAAGGUAGAAACAGAAAAAAGGAAAGAAGAACAGAGAAAUUUUGGAGUCUUUUUUGACGAUGACUAUAAUUACCUACAGCACCUCAAAGAAAGAGGCCCUUUAGAACUUGUUUCCUCUGAGACCAGCAAGUCAAAGAGUUGCGUUAUCGUUGCUCGGGAGAGUGGCAUAGAAGAGGAGCCUCAUCGCUUUCCCGGUCCAUCAAUAAAUUUGCCAUCAUCUGUGUUUGCAUCUGAAUUUGAGGAAGAUGUUGGAUUGUUAAAUAAAGCAGCUCCUGUUCGAGGUUUGUGUCUUGACCUGGAUCCAGAUAUUGUAGCAGCUUUGGAUGAUGAUUUUAAUUUUGGCGAUCCAGAGAAUCAGCUGGAUGAUGACUUUAUCUUACAGGCUAAUGACCCUAAUAGUGAUGACCUCCGGAGAUCAUCCCAUGAAAAAGAUGAUGAUGACUGGGAGGAUGUUGAGAGUGAAGAAAAUGACUAUGAUUCAGAUGGACUUGUUUCAGAUGAGGAUGAUGAUGAGGAGGGUAAAGGAGCCAGGAAAGAGUUUCUGUUUAUGCAAGAGGAAACAAAAAGUCGUUUUACAGAAUAUUCCAUGACAUCUUCUGUUAUUAGGAGAAAUGAGCAACUAACCCUUCUUGAUGAAAGGUUUGAAAAGUUUUAUGAACAGUUUGAUGAUGAUGAAAUUGGAGCCUUGGAUAACACAGAAUUGGAAGGAUUCAUUCACUCAAACAGUGGUCGGUUGGAAGAAGUAAUAAAUGAUUACCACAAGCAAAAAGCAAAAGACUGCGUGAAACUGAAAAACCUGACACCUAGAGAUGGCAUGGAUUCAGUAAUUGAGGAAGAUGAAGAUAAUAAAGAAGAUAUGCAAAAUUUAGUUAUUGAGGAGCCUAGAGAAAAAUGGGACUGUGAAUCUAUUUUGAGUACAUACUCUAAUUUAUACAAUCAUCCACAGAUUAUCAAGGAUCCACCCAAGGCAAAAUUAAUACGGGUAUCUGCAAAAACUGGUAUUCCUCUGGAUGUUCUUCCGGCAAGGGGACUCACUGCCAAGCAGGUUGAACAAAUGGAAAUGAUAAACAAUAGUGAUCUUCCCAGAGUGUCAACACAGCUACGUCCCAAAGAUGAAUCAAAAGAAGAGCGCAAAGCUAGAAAACAAGCAAUUAAAGAAGAACGCAAAGAACGAAGAGUGGAAAAGAAAUCCAAUAAACUAGCCUUCAAAGUAGAAAAAGGCAGACAAGUAAAAGAGCAGCUUAACCUUAAACAGAAUCUCCAAGGACUUAAGUUAUCUUAACAAACUUAUUAACUGGAGCUGCCCAUUUAUGCCAAUGUGGAAAAGGAGGCUGAUGCCAAAUUACCAUACCAACAUGGACAACACAGUUUGUCUGGCCAGUGCUGCUAACAGACUGCUGGAUCCUUUCAGCAGAAAACCAUGUCAUAAAAAGAUACAAAACCAACUGCAAAGAAAAGAGUAUUUUGAGCUUAAUUUCCUAUAUAAAUAUAUAACAGUACAUUAUUUGUAUUAAUAUGGAUAUUGUGUAUGUGAGCCUAGCUAUUUAUUGCUUUAUGGGCAGUAACAUCUAUCAGACAUGAUCCAGUCACAUGGAUAAGUGAAUAAAUGUCCUUUACCAAAUGUCUUUUUAUAUAUUAAAUAUAAUUUUGGUUUGG